UUAUAAGUCCGAAGCUUUCAAAUGGAUGGCGAAGGUUUCUUAAUAGAAGAGCUCUCUAGCAAUGAUGUACCCGAAUCCGAGUUGUCCGAAUUUCAAGAAACGCAACCAAUAAAAGUUCUGGAUAUAAUUACACCAACGGAUAACUCCAAGUCAACGACCACAAAAGAAAUUAGUGGAAAUGGUGGUGUUGCGUUGCAGCAGCAGGCAACUACUUACAGUGCUAUUGGCGGCGAAGGUGAAGCUGCAUUGAUAAAGCGUUUCGUGCGCGGUGAAGUAGAAUUCCCAGACUAUUAUACAAAACUUGAGCCGGGCGAAGAGGAAGAUGAUGAUGUCGAUGAAGUGGAGUUGAAGGCGAUAGAGCAUCAAAAAUAUGAUGCAAAUGUGCAACACUCAACAUUGCAGCAAGCGGCACAGGAAGGCCGCAUCAAUACCACAGGCAGUAUUGAAGGCAGACUAGUUGAUACAAGUCUAAAUGAGCCAAGUUGGCGCAGUGGUGCUGGCGGUAGCUGCACCAGCGGAUCUCGUCGUCGCACCGUACUCAAUGCAGCGCUACAAGGUCUCAUGGGUGAGGCGAAUUUGAGUUUUGCACGUGGUCAGAUUGAUAUCGCGGAGAAGAUUUGCUUAGAGAUUAUAAGACAAAAUCCAUUGGCAGCUGAGCCUUUUUUUACAUUAGCCGAAAUCUAUGAGACUCGCAAUACGGAAAAGCAUUUAUACUUUCUAACGCUUGCGGCACAUUUGAACCCACAUGAUCGUGAUCAGUGGAUACGGAUAGCGGAAUUGCAUAUAGCCCAGGGUAAUUUACAACGUGCGCGUAUAUUUUAUACGAAAGCUAUAAAGGCCAUGCCAAGAGAUUAUGAUUUGCGUUUGCGUAAAGCACAUCUUCUAGAAUUGAUGGGUGAGACGCAUCUUUCAAUGUUGACGUACUUGAAAAUGAUACCACAUGUACCGCGAAGCGAGGCUGAUCUAUGUCUGUUGACAGCCAAAAAUGUCGCACGGCAUUUCCACGGUAUCUCCAAGCAUGCCAUUGCACUGGAAGCGAUGGAAGGUGCUUAUCAAGUGUGUGGCGAUCAUUUCACGCUCGAAGAUCUCAACCUUUAUAUGGAUUUACUGAUUUUUAAUAAAGCAUACGCUCAAGUAUUGCGGUGUUUACGUGCACGCACCUCACUUGCAUUGCAAACGGAGCAGGAGAGCAAUUCGGAGUUGAUUUUCUUCUGUGUCAUACCGGAUGACUUUGUACCGGACUUUCGUGCAAAGCUCUGUGUGAGCCUGAUACACCUGCACGCACAUCAUCUGCUUGGCUAUCUUAUACAGAAUGUACAUGAGCAUAUUCCAUUAACUGAUGACCGUUUGGACUUGUAUAUUGAUAUUGGCGAGGCGCUUAUGCAAGAGCAUAAAUAUGCGGAAGCUAUUGAGUUGCUACGCCCCAUAACAGAUGGCGAUACUAUUGAGUGUCCCGCAUUUGUUUGGUUGCGGCAGGCUGAGUGUUUACGCAACUUGAAUCGCACAAAUGAGGCAAUCGAAAGUUACACCCGCGUCGUGGAGCUGGCGCCAUUUUGUUAUGAAGCAAAAUUUACAUUGUCAGCGCUGCUAAAACAGCAGGGACGUCACAUAGAAGCGGUCAAAGCACUUGAGCAAUCUGGUGAAGGCGAAGGACAACCCCUAAAUGCGCGGCUACUCUACGAACGCUGUGUGAUGUUACAGCAAAUUGGAGAAAUCGACGAAUUUCUUGAAGUGGGCUAUGUACUAUUGUCGAGGCAUUCGAUUAAGCUGCGGAAUCGGGAAGAAAUGCUAGCAGCGGCUAAUGGUGGGAGUUUCUACAAUGCCGAGGGGCUAAAAGUUAUACUACAAAUGCGUAACAUAACAGAGGAUACCGACAAAGCAUUGCAGGAGUAUAUGAAGAUACCGCAAGAGAAUAGCGACCUCACAAUACAAGAUGAAUACCGACUCUUUCUUGAAUUAAUAAGCGUAGCUUUCGAUCAUCGCAAAUUUAGUUGUAUUGAGCGCCUCUGCUUUGGCAUGGUCACUACGAAACGUUUCACCGCCUAUCAUAUCGAACUAGAGCGCAUCAUAAUACUAGCCUGUUACUUCAAUGAUAAUUGCGCCAUUUCAUUCUCAUAUCUGCGUGAGCUGAUUUCCAAGAAUGCAAGCAAUAUGGCACUUUGGAACUUACUCUCUUUACUGGUGCAAAAGGGUCAAGAUUUGCGUUAUCAUCGUUACGUGCGUAGACUGGUGCAGCGACAGCCCACCGAACGUCAAUUACGCAUCUUCCUCGCUCACUAUCAUCUCUUUUGCUGCUCCUAUAAAUAUGCAUUAAACAUUUAUGUGCCACUCUUCAAGGAGCAACCGUCGCCCAUACUGGCGCUCUGCAUAGCUGUCAUCUUCAAUCAGAUGUCGUUGCAGCGCAAAGUAUUGCGCAAAACAUCUGCUGUGUCACAGUCAAUUGCCUUCGUCCAAAAGUAUGCCAUACUACGCGCUGGUGAAAGUUGGAAUGUUGGUAUUACCUCCACGAGCUCUGAAGGUGAUGACUCCCAACCAUCGUCCACUGGGCAAUGUAGUGCCGCCGAGCAAGAAAUUUGUUACAAUUUUGGACGUAUUUAUCAGCAAGCGGGUAUGGCACACCUUGCAGUGGAGUACUACGAGCGUGGCUUGGCGGUACGACAUCCUCUCAUCGAAGAGAACGAAGAGUAUUUGGGCUUGCAACAAGAGAUUGCUUACAAUUUGCAUUUGAUUUACAAGGCGGCAGGAAAUUUGCGCAAAGCACGCCAGUAUCUCUAUGAAUAUUGCGUUGUGUGAAGUGUAUGAUGAAAUUGAAUGGAAGUGCGAGAAUAUAAUUUUUAUAAAUAAAAAAAAAAAUAUAUAUCUACAUAAGUAUAUCCGGCUAGAGUUUGUCACAGCAUUCCUUAAGAUCACAAUGCAGAUUUCGAAAAUCGGUCCAGUUAAUUAAU